AUGCCAGAAAAGAAUCCUCCUGUAUUAGAUAAGUAUGAUGGCUCGGCAGAUCCAGACAAUCAUCUCAGGAUCUUUACCAAUGCAAUGACGUUUUACAUGAAUAGUGACCCGGUUAUAUGCAGAGAAUUCUCCUUAUCACUCAAGGACGAGGCAUUAGAGUGGUAUAACGCUCUUCCCCCAAAUACAGUGGAUUGCUUCGUUACUGUGGAAACUCUCUUCAGAAGGCAAUACGCCUCCAAUUGGAAACAGGAGAUAACACCAGCGGAAUUGGUAAACACCAAGCAAGAAAAGGACAAAACUUUGAAAGCCUUUAUGAAAAGGUAUAAUGAAGUCGCACGGCGAGUUAAAGAUGUUAAUCACACUUUUAUCAUCAGCAACCUACCUUCAUGCCUAAGGCCAGGAGAUUUUGCUGAGAAACUGUAUGCGCGACCACCAAAAACUAUGGAAGAGCUCCAAGAAAGAGUGGCUGAAUUCAUACGUAUGGAGGAUAUGCGAAUCUCACAAAGAAAGAAACAACAAGAAGUCUCUACAGGUGGAAACAAGAAAGAAAGCAGGCAGUCAUUCAACAGUAGUGACAGGAACGGAGGUACGUUUCACAAGGAUUUCGUCCGAACACCCAGGUAUCAUCAUUACACUCCCCUCAACACACCCAGGGUAAAAGUUCUUGAGGAAGCUCUAAAUACUGAACUUCUUACAAUUCGAAAAAAGUCUUCUCCAAAAGACGCUGACGAAAGGAAAAGUUGCCGGUUUCAUCUAAACCGAGGACAUACUAUAGAGGAAUGUGAUGCAUUAAAAGAUGGGAUAGAAGGGCUCAUCCGAGGAGGCCAUAUGCAGAAAUUUGUAGGAGAAAGAACCCGAACAAAAAGUCCUAUCAGAGAAAAUUCUCAACACAGAAACCGAACAAUCAUAUCAAAGGGCUAA